GUUUAAAUGGGGUAUCUGCCACUUCGUUUAAGAGUAGAAAAAGAAGAGGCCACCCUUGUUGACCACGGUGUUUGGCAUAAUGUCCUUUAGGUUCAUCCAUGUUGUCGCAAAUGGAGUUCAGCUUUCCCCUCCCCCACCCCCAGCCUGGCUUAAAUUGAAAGAGGGAAUUUAUGUUGACAGUGAAAAGUCCAGAGGUAGGUAGCCUUAACACGUGACUGGGUCUAAGUAUUCGACAAUCUCAAGAUUAAGUCUGUCACUGGGUCUUCCUGUCUCUGUUUCUGUCUUUGUCUCUCUGUCUCUUUCCAUCUCUCCCACUUUCCUCUGUGCUGGCUUUCUUCUUAAGCAGGUUUUCUCUACAUGCUUGCUCUUGCAACUAUCACUUGGGCAAACCCAAAGAAAAGAGCAUAUCUGUUUCCCAGUGGGCAAAAAUGGAUGCCCUCCACAGUAUGCCUGUGAGUGAAGGAUUUGGGUACACAGUCUCUCUUGAGGGGUGUCAUGGUGACCACAGGGAACUACCUUAGUAGUUCUUUAGGUUUGUCAACCUGAGUGUGGGCUGCUGGCAGGGCUUCAGAGGCCUGUGACACCUGGCUGUUUUCUGCUCCAGCACACCUGAGGGAACCACCUGGCUUAGGUGGUUCGCUACAACCCUUUGAGAAGAUUGCCCAGUUCUGGAGAGAUGGAUCGCACCGCCACCCUGCCCGUCGGAGGCCUCAGCUAUGUCCAGGGCCAUACCACAUUGCACCUUAUUAACAAGACUGUGGGGCAGUGCCUGGAUGCCACAGCACAGAGGGUCCCGGACCGAGAGGCCUUGGUUGUCCACCACGAAAACGUCAGGUUGACCUUUGCCCAGCUCAAGGAGGAGGUGGACAAAGCUGCUUCUGGGCUCCUGAGUAUUGGCCUCUGCAAGGGUGACCGUCUGGGCAUGUGGGGACCCAACUCCUACGCAUGGGUACUCAUGCAGCUGGCCACGGCCCAGGCAGGCAUCAUUCUGGUGUCUGUGAACCCAGCCUACCAGGCUAUGGAGGUGGAGUAUGCCCUCAAGAAGGUGGGCUGCAAAGCCCUCGUGUUCCCCAGGCAAUUCAAGACCCAGCAUUACUACAACAUCCUGAAGCAGAUCUGUCCAGAGGUGGAGAAGGCCCAGCCAGGGGACUUGAAGAGUCAGAGGCUCCCAGAUCUGACCACAGUCAUCUCGGUGGACGCCCCUCUGCCAGGGACGCUGCUCCUGGAUGAGGUGGUGGCAGCUGGCAGUCAAGAGCAGAAUCUGGCCCGGCUCCGGCACACCCAGCAGCUCCUGUCCUGCCAUGACCCCAUCAACAUCCAGUUCACCUCGGGGACAACCGGCAGCCCCAAGGGGGCCACGCUCUCCCACUACAACAUUGUCAACAACUCCAACAUGAUAGGAGAGCGCCUGAGACUGCACCAGAAGCCACCAGACACGUCACGGGUGGUCCUGCCCAACCCCCUGUACCACUGCCUGGGUUCCGUGGGAGGCACAAUGGUGAGCCUGAUGCACGGGGUCACCCUCAUCCUGUCCUCUCCGGUCUUUGAUGGCAAGAAAGCGCUGGAGGCCAUCAGCAGAGAGAGAGGCUCCCUGCUGUAUGGAACUCCCACAAUGUUCGUGGACAUUCUGAACCAACCAGACUUCUCAAGUUAUGACAUCUCAGCCAUGUGUGGAGGUGUGAUCGGUGGGUCCCCUGCAUCCCCAGAGCUGAUCCGAGCCAUCAUCAACAAGCUGAACAUGAAGGAACUGGUGGUGGUUUAUGGAGCCACAGAGAACAGUCCCGUGACCUUCAUGAACUUCACCGAGGAUGCUGUGGAGCGGAAAGCUGGAAGCGUGGGCAGGAUCAUGCCUCACACAGAGGCCCAGAUCGUGAACAUGGGGACGGGGACACUGGCAGAGCUGAACACACCUGGAGAGCUGUGCAUCCGAGGGUACUGCGUCAUGCUGGGCUACUGGGGUGAGCCCUGGAAGACCGAGGAAGCAACUGGACAGGACAAGUGGUACCGGACAGGAGACAUUGCCAUGAUGGACGAGCAGGGCUUCUGCAAGAUCCUGGGCCGCUCCAAGGAUAUGAUCAUCCGCGGAGGUGAGAACAUCUACCCCGCUGAGCUCGAGAACUUCUUUCACACACACCCACAGGUGCAGGAAGUGCAGGUGGUGGGAGUGAAGGAUGACCGGAUGGGGGAGGAAAUCUGUGCCUGCAUUCAGCUCAAGAAAGGGGAGAAGACCACAGCGGAGGAGAUCAAGGCUUUCUGCAAAGGGAAGAUCUCCCACUUCAAGAUUCCCCGAUACAUCGUGUUUGUCACAAACUACCCCCUCACCGUCUCAGGAAAGGUCCAGAAAUUCAAACUUCGAGAGCAGAUGGAACAACAUCUACACCUGUGAAUAAAGGAGUGGGGAGGAUCCUUCCUCCCUGCCCUUCCCCCACAUUCCCCUUGUCGGCUCUGUGAUUUGGCAUAAAGAGCUUCUCUGUUUACUUUG